UUAAUAAAAAAAAUUAAUUUUUACUUGAUAUUUUUUGGCCUUUUUUCAGUAACAUUUCUGUGUGAGAGAUUACAAGAUUUUGAAAGCAUAAAAAUGGUAACAGAAUUAGAGAAUAUCCAGCAGUUGACGGGGAAAGAAUGUCGCGAAUUAUUGUUUAUGCGCACAAAAAAGCCCAAACGCAUUGUGCCGGCAUUUACAUAUCAAGCGUUACAAAAUAACACCAUGGUGGAGCCGCCCAAAAAAAUAGAUUUAUUUAAAAAACGCCCCGCUAAGGACACAUUUUUCAAGAUCUAUUGGCGUCGAGGUGAUAUACCUGUAACCUUCUCUGGCAAAUUGUUGCGCAAGAAAAACACCAAAGAAUUUCCCCUGAAAUGGUAUUGUGCGCCACAAUAUUUGGACUAUUGUUAUUAUUUGCCCAUAUUUGUGGAUGGUUUGUCCGACAAUGAUAUAGAAAUCCGUAAAUUGGCUCAGUAUGGUGCUAUGGAUUUAAUAUUAAAAGCUCCUAAUAAAGUAUUGCCUGUGCUGCCCAAACUAAUUUUACCUUUGAAGAGAGCAUUUAAUACCAGAGACAAGAAGAUCAUAAUCGGGGCUUUGAAAGUUCUACAAUUAAUGGUUUUAGUAGGUCCCUGUGUGGGCCAAGCUUUAGUGCCCUAUUAUCGUCAACUAUUGGCUGUUUGCAAUUUAUACAAGAAUAUUAAUGUUAAUCUGGGAAAUUUCAUAGAUCCAGAUCGCGAUUGUCGCAUAGCUGAUGUUAUCGAAGAUACUUUAAACAUUUUGGAACAUUGUGGUGGACCAAAUGCAUUCAUUAACAUUAAAUACAUGGUUCCAACCUAUGAGAGCAGCGUCUAUCCACGUUGUGAAAAUCCUGCACAAAAGUCAACUCAACUUCAUUCAUGAAUUUAAUGCUAAACUAUUGUAAAGUUUAAAAACUACAACAUACUGCGUAUAAGGCAUUUCUAGAAUAGUGAUUUAUUAAAAAAUAAUAAAUGUAACUGUAUUCAUCUAAUUUGGUUUGUAUCAUAUUUAUCUAGAUGUCUGCAAUGUCUAAACA